UUCAGUCUGAACCACCUGCAAAAAACAUGGCUACAGUUCGGAUGGCUGCAAGACUUUUUCUAGUGGCAGUGUUCAUAGCGACAGCGUUCGGCAAACCAGCCUACGAUGACUCUUCUGACGAGGACCAUUCGGCGCAUCUGCUAGCGCGCAGUGCGCAUGCACAGUCAAGAGCAACAGCACCCACCGACCAGGAGCGCACGCCCGAGUACUGGAGCGACAUGGCGCGGGCGUCCCUCGCCGCCGCUCUCCGCCUGCAGACCUUAAACACGAACGUGGCCAAGAACGUGGUGCUGUUCCUGGGAGACGGGAUGGGCGUCUCCACGGUAACCACGGCCCGGAUCCUGAAGGGACAAAAGGCGGGAAACCCGGGAGAGGAGACCGUGUUGGCCAUGGACUCUCUACCGUACACUGCUAUGUCUAAGACCUACAAUAUCGACGCGCAAGUGCCCGACUCAGCCGGGACUGCCACGGCGUUCCUGUGCGGGGUGAAGGUGGAGGGCGGGGUGGUCGGCGUGGACGGGAGAACACGGUACGGCAACUGCAGUUCCUCCAAGGGUCGCGAGGUAGAGUCCAUCAUCGUGCACGCAGAAAGAGCAGGGAAGUCGACAGGAAUCGUCACCACCGCCCGAGUGACCCACGCCACGCCGUCGCCGGCCUACGCUCACUCCGCCGCACGCGGCUGGGAGGCCGACAGCGACCUGACCGCCGAGGCCCGGGACAACAACUGCACCGACAUAGCCUAUCAACUGGUGGAGGAAGCGCCCGAUAUAGAGGUUAUUAUGGGAGGUGGAAGACGGAAGUUCACGCCCCGGAGCAUGGCGGAUCCGGAAUCCGGAUCCGGAGAUCGAGACGACGGCGUAGAUCUGAUCCAGCGCUGGCAGGACAGUAAAUCCGGAACGGCACGCUACGUCUGGAACGGAACAGACUUCAGAAAUGUCGACCCGGACUCGACGGAUUACCUUCUAGGUCUGUUUGAGAGCAGUCACAUGAAGUUCUCUGCUGACCGCACCUCAGACCCGGCCGAAGAGCCGACCAUCGCUGACAUGACCAGGAAGGCGAUUCAAAUCCUCCAGAAAAACACAAACGGUUUCUUCCUGCUAGUUGAAGGAGGCCGAAUUGACCACGGCCAUCACGGGGCCACGGCAGUCAAAGCUCUAGAGGAAACCGUGGCGCUUGAUGACGCUGUGCAGGUGGCUAAAGACAUGCUGAGCACGUCUGACAGCCUGAUUGUGGUGACGGCGGACCACUCCCACACACUGGCGUUUGCGGGCUACCCUGACAGGGGACACCCCAUAUUUGGGAAAAACGUGUACAAAUACUCCAAUCCUGACUACACCUGGGACGGUCUGCCGUACACCACCCUGCUGUACGGGAACGGCGCCGGGUACGGGCUGGCGGAGACCACCCGGGGGAACACCACGCACGUCACACGGCAGAACAUCACCGACGUCAAUACAGCGGAUAAGGAGUACAGACAACAGAGCGCCGUCCCGCUCCAGAGUGCGACGCACGCGGGGGAAGACGUCAUCAUCAUGGCGGACGGACCCAUGGCACACCUGUUCCACGGCGUGCAGGAGCAACACUACAUCGCCCAUGUGAUGAUGUACGCAGCCUGUCUGGGGGAGUAUACGGACCACUGUGACAAACCGGCCACGACCAAGCCCGCCACGGAUGCAGGGGCUGCCGCUAGGGGGAGCCUCUACACCGUCGGCUUGACUGCAGUUCUUUGCGGGCUACAGAUACUGGCGGCCACGCGUUUCUAGUUCUGGUGCUGACGAGCUGUGGUGUUGGGUGUGUGUGUGUGUGUGUGGGGGGGGGUGAUUCCGGGGCCGGGUAAUCUCCAAGCAGAUGUUGGGUGGAGGAUUGUAACGUUUUCUGACUAUCGAGCUUCUAUGACAGCAACCCACCCAGAAAACGUUCCUCAGCCCCAACAUCUGCUUAGAGAUUAGCUUGAAGUCUAUUGACAGCUCAAGGUUCAUUCCCAAUGCGCAAUUGUCCAUUUGUUUGGACUCGUGUCACAGAUACAGAAGAUACAUGUACCGACUACGAAAUUAUACCGUGAGCUAUUUUUAUUGAUCAUUGUUACCCUCUUUAAUCUAGUUUUUUUUCCAGCAAUUCUGCGAUAGGUAUUCAGACACUUUCAUUGUAAUAACUAUUGAGAAAUAAAAGCCCAAUCAAUCUUUGCUACACAUACAUUGCAUGUCCAGCUAUCACUACAAGUAUAUGAUUCAUCUACAGAUUAGAUUGAUUAAAAAACCCUUCCUAUCGCCUGUACAUGUAUAUAUGACGUGAGGAAAAACGUUACCACUGUUGAAACUCCACACCGGCCAGUGUACAUCGACACAUGACGUGUGAGAACAGCUGGGUAAAGUACGAUAACCCUAGAGCGUAGGUCAAUGCCAAGAACUCGAC